UUAUUUUACAGGAACUGACAGUUAGCUGUUGGUACUGGUUACAAGCUACUGUGAACCAAUAUAAAUACCUUUCAACAUCAGUUAGGUUUCAGAAAGUUGAAAGAACAAAGUUUGUUCAGAAUCAGUUCCUCAUGUAAGGUCCAAAUGGAUACUUUGAAGAUUGCAGUGGUAUUGUUCCUGAGCUGUUCCUACAGUUCAUCGUCCCCAAUCAUCUGCCCCGAUUCCUGCACUUGCUCCUUUUCGGAUGAUGUGACAUCUGUGGUUUGUGUUUCGGUUGAAUCCCUACUUGAGGUGCCAACAAACAUACCAGACAAUGCAACCACUGUAUCCAUAGAAUUCACCAACAUCACAACCCUUAAAGCAAAUGACUUUGUUGGCCUCUUUCACCUUCAAGAGCUUCAUCUCUCAAACAACAAGUUGACCAACAUCACUUCAGGCCUCCUAAGAGAUCUUGGUCAACUGAGAGUCCUGGAUUUAUCUGCUAACUUUCUGAACAUUCUCCCACCCAAAUUGUUCAAUUUCUCCCCAAAUCUGAACUCACUUGUUUUACAGGGUAACAGAUUACAAACAGUAAAUCCUAUGUGGUUUGCUCAUCUUCAGAAUCUUCAAUGGCUGGACCUGUCAGCCAAUAUAUUGAAAUCCUUGCUUCCCAAUUCAUUUCAAAACCUGACCAAUUUGGUCACAUUGGAUCUCUCCAAUAAUAAAUUUGAAAAAUUACCAAGUCAUCUAUUUAACAAUCUGCCAAAAUUAAAAAGGCUAAAUUUGGGAGCUAAUCAGCUGCAUUUUAUUUCCUCUGGUACCUUUGAUAAUGUGCUGAAUUUAAAGUAUUUGUUUCUUGAUAAUAAUAAAAUUGUCAAGAUACCAGUAGGGCUGUUUAAUAAGCUAUUACGUUUAGACACAAUCGACCUUUCAGAAAAUAGGCUGAAGUCGCUUCCCCCAGGAGUGUUUGAUAAACUGGUGCAGAUUGGAACAGAGUUUGGACAGGGUGUGGAUCUCUCGAUAAACCCUUGGGUUUGUGACUGUCAACUGAAAGAUCUGUGGCGAUGGCUGAAAAAUAAUUCAGAGAAAGUCUUCUCACUGAGUGCAACAGUGUGCGCAGAGCCGAAAGCGACCAGUGGUGAACAGAUUGCAACACUGCUUGAAGGGGAACUGUUGUGUCUCAAUUAAUUUCUGCUAAGUUACUCAGAAAUUGUGCUUUGAAUCAUGUAGUUAAAAAAUGAAAAUAAAGAUGUUGCUUCAGUUUCCUUCUAAA